AUGACCAGUCAAUUAUAUUACACAGUUCAAAGCAGUCUGACAGCAGGCAUGUUUAAUACCACCAUGGAGAAACUGCAGCAACAACUGUGCAAAGACCUGUACACUAUAUUCAAGUAUGCACCAAUGUUUGUGACUUUAUGCAAAAGAGGACUGGCUGAUUUGGACAGCUGUGCCUGAAUGGUGAGGGUUGGCAUCGUUCACGUAAGCCCCAGUCUCUUAGUACCUGACACCAUGCUGCUAGCUUGACCAGCUGCUAUCUGCAAUAACUAUGUCAGAUGGGGCCCUGCCACUCAAGAAAGAUGUAACAAGCCUACAAAGAUCUUAAAGAUAACCAGGAUCCUUCGCUUGAAGUGAAAGAUAACCAUCUAUAACAGUAAAAAACGACAGCUCCACCUUAGGUACAAGACAGGGACACAACAUCUUUUUGCUCACUGGGAAAACCUUAUUUACCUCCUGACACUACCAGUAGAGACUUACAGUGGUACUCAGGCCCUCCUGACUGGGACACACUGGGUAUGCCUGUUUGAUGGAAAAGAAAAGAACCCAGCAGUCAGUCUUUGCAGAGACUAG